AUGUACCGUAAUGAAACUCUUCAGUUAGAAGGUGAUUCAAUAUGGGGUAGAAUUACGCUGCUACUCAGUUCACUAAUAGGUCGGCCGUGCACCGGUUCGGAACGUGCCCAGUUUUACGAGGAGAUUCCUCUGCAAUCUAUGAUUGAUAAGGCGAUAGUCGUACUUAACAAAAAUGAUGGUGAAUAUCGGAUCAAGAAAUUUUUUUCACUGACAAGUAAGCUUCGUGAGGCAACCGAUUCAAGUGAAGAGAUACUGCGUUUCUUACUGCUACUGUCAAGGGUUGAUGACAAUUAUGCUGAUAAAAGUCAAACCGAUACUUCGCCUUGUUGUUCUGGAUCCCAAAUACUUAAUGUCUGGAAACAAACUGUAAAAAACUAUCUGCCAACUUCAGCUAUUUCGGAAAACCAUACGGUUACCUCGACAAGGCCUUUUACCGAUCGCACAAAUAUACCAUUUAUUACCUACCAGUCGCAUUACGAAGACAACAAGGAGAUCGCGGCUGAAAAUCAACCAUGUCAUAGUGAAGAAAAAACAGAGCUUAUCGAUAUAAGCCCUUCGAAAUGCUCUGAAAAUUAUGAAAAGGUUCGAGGUAUCGUCAUCGAUGAAAGAGGACGUAUACAUCCGCGAGCAUGUGAUCCAGAAUUGCGCAGCUUAUGUAAUUUAAGAAUUGGGGACGUGUUUUACAUUAUUUCAUGGCACGAAUAUCUCAGAUGUUUAGCACAUGUAUUAAUGGGUGAAGAAUCAAUUUUAUUUCGCAGAAAUGCUGAUGGUUUUUUUAUUAUCUCUAAAAGAAAUAAAAUGUUUUUGGAAUUGGAAGAUGUCAAUUUGUUACCACGAUUAGCAUUACCAUUUCUGACAUUUGCUAACAGAUUGCUUUCUUUGGAACAAUUCGUUCAUGGUUCUGAUUCCGUGGAGGAUUUCUCAAUCUUAGAUUGUAAAACCCAGGAAAAUGCAGGAACAAGAGUGUUGCUGAGUUUGAAGUUGUGUGCUUCUGAACGGUUGUGGAAGUUUCGUGAUGAAGUUAGACACUAUAUUGAUGCCAAAAAAGAAUGUGAUAGCGAAAAUAUUCGAAGGUUGUUACGAGAACUUCUUGAUAUGUGCAGCGUUUUCAGUCAUUUCGUCGAUUUAGUUCUUCACGUACAAAAUAUCGGUGCACAAGAUGCAAAGACGUUAUUAGAUAUUUUUUAUAUCGUGAAAAUUACGAAAGGACGAAUACUUCCAGCUAUUAGAGAAUUUUGUGAUGAUGUCCUUGUCGUACUUCUUCGAUAUUAUGCUGAAUGUGUCUUGUUUUGGUUAGUGAAAGGCGAAGCGAAUCCACGCGAUGGUGUUUUUUCUUUUUCAAAAAUGGAUAGUGAAAUGCUACAGUGGACAGUUUCUGGAGAAAAAGAAUCUAUUAACCUAGAAGCAUCGAUGCUUAUUGCCAAAAAUCUCGUCGACGUGUGGUUAUCUGAGGGAAAGUUUCGAAAAUUAAUGUUAGCUUGGUCAAAUUUGAAACAUAUGGAUUCUGAGGAAUCGAACUGCGUUACUAUUAAUAAAUUGAUAAGUGAACUGUCGGAAGAAGAGAUUCGGAAAGCGCUAAGCUCAGAUUUGUUGGGUGCGGUAGGAUCACUUUUGGACUUCUACUUCCAAAAAGUUUAUCUUUCACAACACGCCACAUUCGCACGGUGUUCUAUAAUCGAUGACUUCAAACAAACUGCGAAGCUUCUUCAAGAUGUUUAUUUAUGCGACGAUGAACAUAUAACAGAAAUUUUCACGAGCCUUUUACUAAACGGCGAUGAUUCGGAAUUGAAUUUUAAAUACGCAAAUUGUCAGAAUUUCCGGUUAGACAAUAUGACAGAUUAUCUUUUAACCAAGAAUUAUUCUUCAACUCUUGUGCAUGGAUUUUUAGAACUAACAAGUUCAUUCGAUGAGGAGGAUAACCUGAAAGUACGUUAUAAACCACCAUUUCCAUUAAAUAUCAUUUUUACUCCAUCAAUUCUGAUGAAUUACGAGCGUAUUUGGAAUUUGUUAUUGAGAACUGCAGUGGAAUGCAUAACUCUGGAGUAUUGCCCUGAUGCAAAUGCGAAUGUGGAAUUUUGUUCGAGCAGUGCGUUGUUUUUCCAUGAACAGAUAGGACGUAUAAUAGUGAACGAAUAUCAGGUUUUAUUUGAUGUCUUUAAAUUUAUUUACUGCAAUUAG